UAGUCAGCCUGGGCUGGCAAGAGAGAUGGAACAACUAAAUCCACAGAGCAUUCUGGUGACCGGUUCCAAUCGCGGACUUGGCUUGGAGCUGGUCAAGCAGCUGGCAAAGAAGAGCAACCCUCCAAAAUGGAUCUUUGCCACUUGCCGGGACUCAGCUGGAUCUGGUGCUCAGGAUCUGAAGAAUUUGGUUGCUGAACAUCCACAAAUUGUCAUCAUCACAUUGGACACAAAUGAUCCAUGCAGUGUUAAGGCUGCUGCAGCCAAAGUCACAGAACAUCUCAAGGGGGCUGGAUUGAACCUGCUGGUUAACAAUGCAGGGAUUUUAAAACUGAGCACAGUAGAGACAGAAACACCUGAAAACAUGUCGGACGUAUACAAAACCAAUGUCAUUGGGCCCAUGAUCGUCAGUCAGGCCUUCCUUCCCUUGCUAAGGAGAGCAUCCCAAAAAAGCCCCCAGAAAGGCAUGAGCUGCAGCAAAGCAGCGAUCCUCAACAUAACUAGCGAGUGCGGCUCCAUGACAAACCUCUUUGCCUGGCAUAUGAAUGAGCUCAUCUCUUAUCGUUGCAGCAAGUCUGCUCUGAACAUGCUGACUCGAUGCCAGUCCAUGCACUUUGCCAAAGAUGAGAUCCUGUGUGUUACAUUGCACCCUGGGUGGGUGCAGACUGACAUGGGAAACAAACUGGUAAAAGAACUGGAGAAAAAAAACACAAGCUCUGUAUAACAAUCAGAAAACAAGUGAGGGCAAGAUUCAUCGGAUUAGGAGUGGAACCUUCUGAAGAUUUCUGAAAUGUUUUGUUCCCACUGGAUCACGCCAUACCACCUGCUGUUUCUCCUGGGGGCGGAGGGGGGGAAUGAUCUCUGAAUUGGAAGCAUUCCUAAGGUUUCCAGGGGUACUUCAGACCCCUGUUGGAAAAAAUAUCCAUCUGGUUC